AACUCGAAUCCAAAGUUGAACUCAAGUAUGUUCAUGAACAUUUGUCAUCCAAUUCUGUGUAUAGGUAUAUCUAAUCGUAUAUCGUCAACUUUCCCUACCCUCUACUCAAGUACUUAAUCCUGCCGGCCGUGGCUUGAACGGCGGAGUCGCAACCGCAGGCCAUCAGUAUACCGAUAAUUUUGUAGAUCCUCUAAAGAGUUUUGAUGUGUGUAUGCGGAGGAGAGGCAGAUAGGUGAAGCCAGCUAUGGCCUUGUUGAGUCGGAGUUUGGGCUUUCUGGGUGCUUUACCAUCCCGUAAUCAUACGAGUUCAUUUCACACAGAAUCAAGGGGCCCUAACAAUAUUGCCUUUAAGGUAGCAUAUCCUUUUACUAGACAAGGAACUGGAGGCUGUUCCACUUUGCAUUCCUUCAAAUUGGCAUCCCUUGGCAAUGGAGUUGAUGGAAUCACAGAUAUUAUCCACAACAAGGUUUUGAUAGCUGCUGCUCUUUCUGCGGCAAUUGGACAACUUUCCAAACCUUUUACAUCAGCUGUAUUUUAUGGCAAUGAUUUUGAUAUUAGGACAGCCUUUCAGGCUGGAGGAUUCCCUUCCACACACUCUUCUACCGUUGUUGCCACAGCCACCUCCAUUGGCCUUGAAAGGGGUUUCUCUGACGCAGUAUUCGGGUUAGCAGUCAUUUAUGCUGGCCUUGUCAUGUAUGAUGCACAGGGUGUUCGGAGGGAAGUUGGCAUCCAUGCAAAAGUGUUGAAUCAGCUUUUAUCUGAGACAUGUUUAAAUACAAGCUCCUCAAACAAUGGUGCUGCUGUUUCGACUGACAAUUCACAAGAAAAAUCACUGUCAAAUGUACAGAUUCUUGAACCCUCCAUGUCCGAAGAAGAAUUGAAUUCUUUCGAACCAGAAUUGAAGAAGAAUGCAGCUCUGUUUCUUAAACCCAAUAACCAGAAAACCCCGAUGUCAAUCUCGCAGAACAUGACCUCUGAUGCAGAAGACAGAUCAAAACAGUUAAGGUAUACUCAGCUGAAAGAAUCUAUAGGCCACACAGAGAUCCAAGUCGUCGCUGGUGCUUUGCUGGGAUUCUUAGUUAGUUUAGCUGUUUGUAUGGUAUGACCAAUACUUCCCCUUCAGUUCUUAGUGUCAAUGUACUUCAAAUUCAAUACUAAUGUACAACCAACAAUGGAUCCCAACAUUUUACCAAAUUGAUGUAGAACAAGACUGGAAAGAAGGCUAAAGAUGGAGAAUAGCAAUUGAGACAAGCAAAUAUUUGGUCUUGUGUUGUUAUUUGCA